AACCACAUCUGGUAACACUGCUGGUCGUCUCGAGUGGCUCAGCUGUUCUCUGUCUUGGUGAAGUGGAAGUGGAGGAAGAAAUUGUACGAAAAUGGCAUCGAAAGCUGCAAAACCUUCUCUAUUGAAGAGUGUAGUGAAUCGUGGUUUUGCAGCUCAGGCCGCAGCUCAGCAGUCUUCGUAUACUUUGCCCCAACAUAAUUCUAAGGUGACCACCCUUCCAUCUGGCACAGUUGUGGCAUCAUUAGAGAAUAAUGCCCCAGUUUCACAUGUUGCACUCCUCUUCAAGGCUGGAUCACGUUAUGAGUCUGCAAGCAACCAAGGGGCAGCCCACAUGCUGCGUGCGUGUGCUGGUCUGGCAACUAACAACACAACAUCCUUCGCAAUCACUCGUACUAUUCAGCAGGCUGGUGGAUCCCUCUCGGCUGAAUCUGGGCGAGAACAUAUACUCUAUGGUUUAGAUGUGAUCCGUGACAACCUAGAUGCUGGCCUUGAAAUCCUUCGUGAAGUGGGUACUCAGCCAGCCUUUAAACCCUGGGAAAUUAAGAGUUGUGUUGGACGCAUCAAGAAUGAACUUGCUUUACGGGAUCCAUCCAUCAUUGCUGUUGAACUCCUUCACAGUGCUGCCUUCCGCAACACUGGUCUGGGCAACUCCAUCUUCCUGCCAUCUCAUAAUGUUGGCAAACUGAACUCAGAUAUGGUAAGUUUUUUUGUUUUCUUCUUUUAAAACAGCAUUUUUAUC